AUGGUCGGCCUCACAUCCGCCGCCGGUGUCGUUGGCUUCCUCUCCGAGCCCGACCCAGCCUUGCGCUCAUUCGCUCUACAGCGACUGAAUGAGGAGAUUGACUUGCUCUGGCCAGAAGUCGCGGGUUCUGUCAGUCAAAUUGAGGCACUCUACGAGGAUGAAUCGUUUCCGGAGCGAGAGCUUGCAGCUCUGGUAGCAGCAAAGGUGUACUACCAGCUGCAAGAAUACAAUGAGAGCAUGGUCUUUGCACUUGGUGCGGGCAAGCUGUUUGAUAUCCACAAGGCUGCUGAGUUUGAGGAGACGAUACUAGCGAAAUGCUUAGACACCUACAUCGCCCUCUCUGUCAUGCACAACCCCCCGACACCGGUCAGCAAAGCAAGCCAGGCUCCCCCGCAGCUCAGCACAUCCUUCUCCGGAAAUGCGGCGGGUGGCUCUAGCACUUCGGCCAGUCUAGCUUCGCCGAUAACGCCCUUCUCACAGUCCGCAUUACCAUCCAAGUCGCUGCUUUCUAGGGAAGACUCGUCGACUUUUGACCCUACGGUGCCUGGAGGGGGUAACGCGGGAGUUGCUGGGGCUCACCCCACACCCAUGGUGUUGCAGCGGAACGUGCAGAAGAACCUCCACAGCACUGUACGGCGGAUAUUUGAGAGCUGCUAUGUGAGUGGCAACUACAAGCAGGUUGUCGGAAUUGCCAUCGAGGCCCGGAAUCUCGAAGUUCUGCGAGAGGCAAUUGUCCGCGCGAGCCAAGAUGGAAAGAAGCAGGGUAAGAAGCCUGCACAGCCAUCAGCGCAGAGUGAGGACUUGAUGGAGUACGUUCUCGACAUUUGCAUGAACGUCGUGCAAGAGCGAGGGCUGCGAAACGAAAUCCUCCGCCUGAUCCUCGAUCUCCUCAAUGACGACCAAAUCCCGAACCCCGACUACUUCUCCAUUGCCAAGUGCGUCGUCUACCUCAACCAGCACUCUCUCGCUUCGAAGCUCGUUCGGCAACUCAUCGAAAGGGGGGAUGACAGGUCGCGCGCCGUCGCAUACCAGAUCUCAUUCGACCUCUAUGAAAACGGUACACAGGAGUUCCUUGCAAAGGUCAUGGAGGAGCUGCCUGAAGCUGAAAAGGAGGAGACCAGCGGCGAUGCGUCACAAAAGGCCGAUGCAGGCGAGUCGGACUCACUGCUCGGAAAUACAGACACCAGCAACGUCUCAAGUGCAAAGGGGGCAUCUGAGGAUCAACUCAAGGCCUUCGGCUCCGUCCGCCACAUUCUCCGGGGAACAAAGAGCAUCGAGCUGAAUCUCGAAUUCCUGUACAGGAACAACCGCACAGACAAGGCUGUACUGAACAGGAUCCGCGACAGCUUAGAGGCCCGAAACUCCAUCUUCCACUCCAGCGUCACAUUUGCAAAUGCCUUCAUGAACGCAGGUACUACCAAUGACACAUUCUUCCGUGAGAACCUCGACUGGUUAGGCAAGGCCGUCAACUGGUCCAAGUUCUCAGCGACCGCUGCUCUUGGUGUGAUCCACCGUGGCAACAUUACCCAAGGUCAGAAGCUCCUGGAGCCCUACCUGCCAAAGGACAGUGUUUCUUCGGGCUCUCACUACGAGCAAGGUGGAUCACUUUACGCUCUUGGUCUGAUUUAUGCCAACCAUGGAAGCAACGUCCUCGACUUGCUCCUCAAGCAGUUCCAGAAUGCGUCUGAAGAAGUCAUUCAGCACGGUGGUGCGCUUGGUCUCGGUGUUGCCGGCAUGGCCACAGGCUCCGAAGAGAUCUUCGAUGCGUUCAAGAACGUCCUCUACACCGACUCCGCCAUCAAUGGUGAGGCUGUCGGUCUCUCCAUGGGUCUUGUCAUGCUCGGCACUGGCAAUAUCAAGGCACUCGAGGACAUGAUUCAGUAUGCGCAUGACACACAGCACGAAAAGAUUGUCCGCGGUCUUGCCAUGGGUAUGGCACUCAUCAUGUAUGCGCGCCAAGAGGCUGCUGAUGAGCUCAUCAAUGGUCUUCUCGAUGACCCCGACCCAACCCUUCGCUAUGGAGGUAUCAUGACCAUUGCUUUGGCGUACUGUGGUACAGGCAGCAACAAGGCAGUACGCAGGCUGCUCCAUGUUGCCGUCAGCGACGUGAGUGAUGACGUACGACGAGUCGCCGUCAUGAGCUUGGGUUUCAUUCUCUUCCGAAAGCCAGGCAGCGUCCCCCGCAUGGUCGAACUUCUUGCAGAGUCGUACAACCCACAUGUCCGCUACGGAGCUACAAUGGCUCUCGGUAUCGCAUGUGCUGGAACUGGACUUCCAGAGGCGGUAGAUCUAUUGGAGCCCAUGAUGAAGGACUCCACCGACUUUGUCCGACAAGGUGCUUUGAUUGCGUUGUCCAUGAUUAUGGUACAGCAAAACGAGGCAAUGAACCCCAAGGUGGCAUCCAUCCGAAAGCAGCUUGCCAAGGUUGUUGGCGACCGCCACGAAGAUGCAAUGGCCAAGUUUGGUUGCGCGUUGGCUCUUGGUAUCAUCGAUGCCGGAGGUAGAAACUGCACAAUCGGUCUGCAGACGCCGACCGGUAACCUCAAUAUGGCGGCCAUUGUCGGCAUGGCUGUCUUCACUCAGUACUGGUACUGGUUCCCCUUGACCCAUUUCCUGUCGCUCAGCUUCACACCUACUGCCGUCAUUGGUCUGGACCAAGAGCUUGAAAUUCCCUCCUUCAAGUUCCACAGCAACACCCGCCCAAGCAUGUUUGAUUACCCCCCAGACGCAGAGGUCAAGGCAGAGGAGGCGCCCGAGAAGAUCAAGACUGCGGUCCUGUCGACCACUGCUCAAGAUAAGCGACGACGCAUGGUCAAGGAGCGUCAAAAGCGAAGGGAGAGCAUGGAUGUCGACCAUACUCCCAACACACCGAAGCCAUCUGCAGAUGACGACAAGAUGGACAUUGACGAGGACGCUAAGAAGGAAGACGCCGACCGAGCACAAACAGUAGAGUCGUCGAAGAAGAAGGUAGAGAAGGAGAAGGUUGGCUACGAGCUGGAGAACAUGUCGCGUGUACUUCCGCCGCAAGUCAAGUACAUUAGCUUCCCAAGCGAACGAUAUGUUCCAGUGAAGAAGCCAACCCUUGGUGUAAUUCUUCUUACCGACACCAAGCCUUCAGAACCCAAGACGCUCCUCGAGCUCAAGGUAAAGAAGGCUGCACCCGCACCCGCUCCUGGCGCAUCGGGUUCCUCGGCAGACCAAGGACAUGAAGGCAUAUCAGUAACAACUGCUGCAGCACCGGUCAGUGACAAUAUGGUGGAUGAGGGUCACGCCGAGGCAUCCACUCCAGGCGAGUUUGUAUACGAAUCUGAUACAAACCCGGACGAUGACGAUUAGGCGUCGAAGAAGAAGGGAGGAAAUGAACGAGUGAUUGGUGUGGAAGGGGAUGAUUGUAGCUUAUUUUGCACAUUGAUAAUCUCAGGUUCCCAAAGGAGGCUUGUAAUCAAAGCCAUCUUUCCCUCAAACAACCGGCCUGGUUUUAGAGAUAGCCCGGGUUGCUGCCGCAUGGAUGUAUGUAUAAUAGCCAAGGGUUGUGUUAUCUUUGACGAUGUCG